AUGUCUCUCGCACUGCUCAAUCUCACCAUGACUUCCCCGCCGACCGCUACCCCUGACUCAAUGGACACCGCUGCCUUCCCCGACCGCCACCGCCGCAAACCCUCACUAACAACCCUCCCCACGGAGAUCCGGCUGCAAAUCCUUUCCGAAGCCAUACCGACCUACAUCCCCAUCCCCGCCUCUCAAUGCCCCUCCGCGCCCAUCCACGGCCCCAAUCCACUCCUCCGCGUCUCCCGCCAAAUCCGCGCCGAGGCGCUGACGUUCCGCCAACCGACGCUGACGGCGGUCGUGCACGUCGACGACCUCGACGCCCAAGUCGGGCGGCGCAAUGUCGAGGAGCGCAACCUCUUUGAGCGCAUCUUGGUGCUGGGCGCGGAGGGGAGCGCGAGGGACGUGUAUGCGUCCCUGAGGGAGUGUUGGAUGGAGGUCGAUCGCGUCGAGCUGCCUGCGGGCUUUGUCGACGAUGAGGAGGGUGGUGGUGGUGGUGGCCAGAACCUGCAGCAGGCAGAUCAGGCGCGGCCGUCCGAGCGGGCGAUGUGCUACUCGGUGCGUGGGGCGUGUACGGCUUGGUCGCACUACCCGUGGUAUAUGCAGGCUGGGUAUGUUGAAUGA